CUCGUGACUUUUGGAGCGCUCGUUUCAUAGACGCGCACUCGCGCAGUGCGGAUGGGCGGAGUCAGUCAGCGCCCCUUAGUGAUGCGUUUGCUGACGUAAACUACAGAUAAACACUAAACAGACACAAAACAACACACGAGAAUGGGACGUGGUGCUGUCGGAAUUGUUUCCACUCACCACCGCCGGUUGUUUUUCAGCGGUCUAUUCAGGGACGAAUAACUUUCCCCCCGGGGAAGCUAACGACUCGCUCGGCGGCGGCGGCGGCGGGGGAAGGUGGGGGGCAGAUGAGCUAGCACUGGAGCUCGGCUAGGCUAAACAGUUGCCUUUUGCUUUGUAGCUAUUCCACGGAGUUCCUCGUCACCACCGCCCACCGGAGAAAAUGGUGUACCUGUUGAACCCUCUGGAGAACCUGAGAAGCUACAUCAACAACCGCCCGCCACUGGUCAUCUUUAUGAUCAGUGUCAGCGCUCUGGCCAUUGCCUUCCUCACCAUUGGUUACUUCUUCAAGAUCAAGGAGAUCAAGUCUCCGGAGUUGACCGAGGACUGGAACACAUUCCUGCUGCGCUACAACGAGCUUGACUUCUGCGUGUCGGAGAACGAGACCAUCAAGCACGGCCUCAACGAGUCCACCACGCCUGAGAGCCUGGCGGCGACCAGCGGGCAGGCUCGCCCCAGCACGCCGGGGCCGCUGCUCUCUGAAGACUCGGGUUCCAUCAAUAUCUCGGUGGCCAUCACGCUCACGCUGGACCCCCAGCGGCCCUUCGGCGGCUACUCCCGCAACAUCACCCACCUGUACGCCACCGUGCUGGGACAGCAGGUCGGCUUGUCUGGCCGGGAAGCCCACGAAGAGAUCAACAUCACGUUCACACUGCCCGUGUCCUGGAACGCCGAAGACUGCAUCCUGCACGGCCACUGCGAACAGGUGGUGUUCAGCACAUGCAUGACCAUCACGGCGGCCAGCAACAUCUUCCCGGUCACAGUGCAGCCGCCGCACUGCAUGCCAGAGACGUACACCAACGCCACCUCUUGGUACAAGGUGUUCACCACCGUGCGGGACUCAGACACCAAGUACAGCCAGGACUACAACCCCUUCUGGUGCUACAAGGGCGCCGUGGGCAAGGUGUACCACGCCCUCAAUCCCAAACUCACCGUCAUUGUGCCCGACGACGAUCGCUCCCUCAUCAACCUGCACCUGAUGCACACCAGCUACUUCCUGUUCGUCAUGGUCAUCACCAUGUUCUGCUACGCCGUCAUCAAGGGCAGGCCCGGCAAAUUGCGGCAAAGUAGCCCCGAUUUCUACCCCGAGAAGGUGGCACUCUCAGAAGACUAAGAAGGUACAAGAAGAUCCCUGAAGGGAUUACUGUUGAUUUGCCUCUGGAGUCCUAUGGUGCCAUAUCGGGACAAUGCAGUACAAUGAGCAAGCAGCAUGCAUCUUCCAAUAUACUUUUGUCCGAAGUAAACACACGGGAAGUAUACUAAAGCAAAAAGAUCUGCCUAACAGGACGCAGAGGAGCACUUUUUCCAGGACCAGGUAUAUUUCUUUAGCCACAGCAAAAUUGUUGGCAUCUGUUUCAUAAUUGUUAGCUAGCAUACCAAUGCUACACAGUCUUAGCUGAGAAUGGUCCAAAUUAAUUGGUUUAUCAAAAUCACGAAACAAGACAUUUCACACUUUCCCUGCACCAGACGCACCCAUGCAGCAAAAUUUUCGCCGGACAGGAGAAUUCAUAGCAUUAAUGCUAUGAGAAUUAUUAACUGGCAGAUCCAAGGCUACAUUUUUAGUGUGGGUUAACACACUGACAGUUGAAAUUUCUUGUUAAGGCACUCAAGUAACCUAAUGUUACUGGAAUGAAAACCUUGGGAGUUGGAGAAAGCAUACCUCCGUUUGAGCUGAAUUGUUAGCAGCAUAUUUUUGUUUGUUUGUUACUGCGACCCAGGAUGUAGCACGCUGACAAACAAAAUGUACGAUCUGAGCGCACAUCUUACGUUAGCCGUGAACCAGAGAGGGGCAUGCUUACUAUCAAACCGUACGACCUGAAUGGGUAUUUGUGACAUCUUAGGUUAGUUGUGAACCAGAAAGUAGCAUGCUAAAUCACCCAUGGUGCAACUUGAACGCGCAUUUGUGACAUCUUACAUGAACAAGGAAGUCACACACUAAUGAAAAAGCACGAGCUGAACAGGCAUUUGUAACAUCUGGAUUUACAUUACCGAGAAUGCAGAUUAACAUUGAAGUAGCAUAUGACUGGGAUAUAUUACUAGACUAGCAUUAUUAUUUUUUUUACUGUAUUUUAGAAGAGCAGCAUAGUUACAUAGCUAGUAACAUUUGAUUCAUGAGACACUCUUCAUUGGGCUCCGCCAGUGACCUGAACCCCAAGUAAAUGAUCCGUUUUGUUUUGUUGGGAACCAAAGUCAAAUUUAUCAAGUUAAAACGUAAAACUUUAUCACGUAAUAACGUGAUUCUGAACUUUUUUUUUUCUGAUGUGGCAGCAAUACGCUUCCGUAAGUUAGCAUGCUACUUUCUGGUUAACGUCACGAAUGCGCAGAUGGUGGCAUUUGGCUUAUGGUAGCGGUCAACCAGGACGUAGCAGGCUUACGAUCAAACAAGUUGAACGCACAUUUGUGGCAUCUUACGUUAGCUGUGAACCAGGAAGUAGCAUUUUGAGAAACGGCACAACGUGGCAUUUAACUCUAACCCGUUGGUUAACAAGCUUGAUAUUUUCUGGUUCAAGACAUUAGGAAUACGCUGAGCACUUUUUCAAGAAAGUGUCAAUAACACUGAUAAACGUCUUAAUGAUUGAUCGUUUAUAAUCGUAAGUAACGUUCAUGUUGUUGUUCAAGUCAUGCCAUUUGUUAGCUGGCGUACUUAAAUUGCAAGUCUCCACUUAGGCUACAUUGUUAGCAUCGCAGUGUUUUUGCCUCUGUUUGUUAGUUAGCAUGCUACUUCCUUGUCUGUGGCUAACGUCAGGAAUGUGCGGACGGUGGCGUCCGAGUUGUAGUGUCUCAAAAUGCAAGACUUCUUCCUUAGCUCGCGCUGGCUAUUAAAAAAAAUAAAAUCCUAAACAGUAUUUUACGCAAUCACCAUUUUUCUUUCUGAAAAUUGUGUAAAAGUGGUCCGUCUGGGUUCAUGCUUGCUAAAAAAUUUAGUCCUUUUGGAAAAAAAAAAAAAAAAAUGUAAUUAUUUUAAAAAUAUUUUAACGUUAGCUUUGGACUGCGGAACAAAAUGAAUACUUAUGUUCAAGUCUCAUUGUGUUACUAGAAUGAAAAUCUUCGCAUGGGCUAUAUUGUUAGAAUCAAAUUCUUUUUUUUCUGUCCAUUCAUUUGUUAGUUAAUAUUCUUAUACUAUACGUAACAAAUGUGCAGAUUGUGGCGUUCGAGUCGCAGUAACUCAGAAAGUGAAACUCAAUUGAACAAGUUCUUCCGUAGUUUGAACGAGGUUUAAAAAGUUCAUAAAAUUAUUUUGUUUAUUUCUUGGCUUUUGUUUUGUUUUUUUGCCUUUGGAAAAUCUCGUACAAAUGCUCGGACAGUAUUCAUGCACAAGAUACGUGGACAUUAGCGUGUAAGCGGAAUGUGAAGAUGUUGCUGUUUCUGUCAGUAAAACAAUUUUUCUUUUGUGUUGAUUUUGAUGCAAAAACAGGAACUUGCCUUACCUGCGACGGAUGAAGUUUGCGUCUUCUUCGUCGUUUUCUUGAAAUCCAUGUAUAAAUAUUCAUAUCAAUCCUCCUUAAAUUAUUUCAGGAUUUGGAAUUACUUUUGUUGUUCGGAUAGUUAGCACACCUCCUAGAUUUCGUGCACAUUUUGACUUGAUUUAUUUAUUUAGUUUUUGUCUUUAUAUUCCUCCACCCCAAAAAAAAUUAUAUUUAUGAUUAAAGUAAUUUAUUUUUGUCUAUUAUGACAACGUGCGAAAGGAGUGAGUGACGCGAUUUUCUCAAAUAAAUAUUUGACAAUCAUUUAUCGUAAACUUUUACUUUUACCAUUUGUCGCUUUUUGGUUUUCCUGAGUAAGAGGAAAGAAAGCUUGCUGAAAUCUGCAUUUUUCCAUUUUUAAAAAAAUUAUUAUUAUUUUUUUUAUAUACCUUGAAUUGAUUUCCAUAUAACGUACCUGUUGAAUGUACUUUGAUUCCACUCAAUCCUGCAACACAACAUCAGAAAAUGACACUUUUUUUUUUUUUUUUUCUUCUUUCAUUUAUUAAAUUACCGCAUUGGCACAAAUAGUGGCCCUGGGCAUUUAUUGACUGACUCAACAUUAGCUGGGGGAGGCCUUUCAUUUGGAAAAUUAUGAAACCAUCUUAAUACAUUCCAAUUGAAUUGAAGUGAAGGUGAACUUGAACACAAAAUAAUUAUUAUGGCGGAAAUGCAUCAAAACAGAACAUUUGUUAAUUCCAUGGAACUGAAUUAGAUCGUAUUCUUUUCCCACAUCAAAUGAAUUAGAUUUUUAGAUAGUACUGCCAUAUUAAAAAAAAUAUAUUCAUUCUGCCAUAUUCAGUAAGCGGGAGAACCCCAGUCCACAACACUGUUGAGUCAUCUCAUGUCAAUCUCAGAGAAAAAGCCUCUUCGAAUAGCACUCCAACACCAUUAAGACUUUAAUUCACCUGACAAACUCUUUAGGUGCUGCUGAGUCAGCAACUACUUUCAAACGGUGGUUAACAAUAGCGUCCAUGAGCGUAAGUUUUUGUUCCCCCCUGAUCUUGAAUUAAUUUAGGAUUGCGCACCUGGCUACUAUUUGUGGCAAGGCUUCCAUUGAAGGAAAUACGGUAGUUCGUAAUCUUCUUUGUUUCAUAUUACACACAUUACAUCAAACAUUAACCUUUAUAAUGAGUCUUCCUUAAAAUGACCGUGUGUGUAUAGUCAUAGUCCGGCAUUGGUCCCUUGCUUUAUUGUCAUCUGUGUCAGCUGCAAAUGGCCUUAUAACAGGUGUCAAAAUAAAAAACAAAAUUAAAAACCACACCUUCUA